AUGUCCACGCCACUCAACGAUUGGGAACAAAAAGCCCAAAAGGGUCGAGAUAUCCUGGAAAACUCCAUUCCGAAACAAUGGUUACUACCGGACUCGAAGCUGCCGCCACAGACGCAGUUGAAUGUGAUUGAUUUUGUCAAGGAUUCGGAAGCUUUGAGUGAGCAUGAACAGGCCAUUACUGAGCUGUCCGCGACAGAGUUGGUUCGUCGAAUGGGACAUCAGAAAUUGACGGCGGAGGAGGUUGUCGUUGCGUUUUUGAAGCGGGCAGUUCUCGGGCAUCAGCUGUUGAAUUUUGCAACCGAGUUCUUGGCCGACGAGGCGAUUGCCCGAGCAAGAGAGCUUGAUCAGUACGUGAAGAAGACUGGAAAGCUAGUGGGACCCUUGCACGGAGUCCCAGUGAGUGUCAAGGAACAUGUAGCGAUAAAAGGCAAAACUUGCAACACCGGAUUCGUGUCUUGGGUUGAUAAUAUCGCCACGGAAGAUGCAUACGUGCUUCGACUAUUGCACCGAGCUGGCGCAGUGUUUCACGUCCGGACGAAUCAGCCCCAGUCGCUCAUGCAUCUCUGCUGCAGUAAUAAUAUCACAGGGACGACCUUGAAUCCACACAACCGAACCUUGACGCCCGGGGGAUCAUCUGGCGGGGAAGGAGCUUCUAUUGGGUUCAAAGGGUCCCCUCUGGGUAUUGGCACCGAUAUUGGCGGCUCCAUUCGCUGUCCUGCCGCAUUCUGUGGCGGAUAUGGCUUUCGUCCCACGGCCAUGCGUAAUCCAAUGGCCGGGAUUCAAGUUGCUUGUAUUGGACAAGAAACUAUUCACGGCGUGGUGGGACCCAUGGCCAGCGUAUCGAUUGAAGACCUGGAAUUGUUUCAGAAGGCGGUUCUUGAUCAGGAGCCUUGGGAGGAGGAAACGUCCUUGGUACCUGUGCCUUGGAAGAAUGUCACGCCAAGUCGGGAUGUGACCAUUGCAAUCUUGUGGGAUGACGGUAUCGUUCGUCCUCAUCCGCCUAUCACUCGGGCCCUGCGUAUGGCAAAGGAGAAACUGGUCCGCGCGGGAAUCAAGGUUGUUGACUUUGAGCCCUAUGAUCACCAGCGAGGCUGGAAGAUUAUCUCUGCGCUUUACUUCCCAGAUGGCGGCGCUCUCACGCGCAAAGUCCUCGCAGAAUCAGGCGAACCCGCCCGCCCACUGACCGAAUGGGCCCUCUCUUACUCCCGUGCAACACCACUCAGCCACCCCGAAGCUUGGACUCUUCAGCACGAACGGGAUACAUAUCGAGAUGAGUAUCAAGCAAUGCUGAAGCUUCGGAAGAUUGAUUUUAUCCUAGGUCCUGUGUAUCCAGCCGCGGCAGCGGUGAUGGGGGAAUCGCAGUACUGGAAUUACACUGCGAUCUGGAAUAUGACAGACAUGCCGGCUGCGGUCUUUCCCUCGGGGCUGACCGUGGACCCUAUACUGGACGCGCUUACAGACCUGGAUCAGAAAUACGUCCCCCGGAACGGGAUUGAUGCGAGGGAGUGGAUUAAGUAUCAGUCUCCAGCGAGGUAUGAAAGGGCGCCGAUUGCGUUGCAGCUGGCAGGGCGACAUUUCAAGGACGAGGAGACGCUGGCAACUGCAAAGCUUGUCAAAGAGAUUAUCAGUGAUGGAGCAAAGUAA